UUGCAAGAGACACAUGGGAGGAAUCUCUCUCUCUCUCUCUCUCUCUCUCUCUCUCUCUUUCUGUGUCCCCUGUCUGUGCAAACCUCUCUCUCUCUCUCCAUCUCUCUCAAGCAGAAACUGGUGCGCGCGUAAAAACAAUGAUUUGCAUUUGUUUGCCCCCUAUUAAAACUGACCAAUGAACGAGAAGGACAAAGGUCAAGAAUCAACUAAUUAAUGCCAGUCUUCCAGGUGAGAUUUGGGCGCAUUGGAGGAGCAACUGGAAGUUCAAAACGACAGAGCGACUGGAAGAGAUGAGAGGAAGGAAACAAUAUUUCCUGCUCCAGUCCUGCGGCUGACAGUCUCACUUGGAGAGCUUUGUCAGUGGGAGGUAACUUACACGAUGCCAAACUCGUGCGUUUUUAUCAUUUCAGUGCUUUGCGACGCGUGUUUUCUUUGGUAAAGCGCAUUGAGGUACUGUAUAAAAAAGGCGCACCGGUGGAUGCAGCUCUUGCGCGCGUAUUGGAACAGGGGGGUAAUUUUGUGAUCCCAGCUUAAAACACACUGCAGUGUGGAAAGAAAAGAGAAGAAGAAGAAGACGGGGGCUUGGACCAGAGUGUGUGUGGAUAAUAACCUUCUCCUUCCUUACUUACCCCCUCCGUGUGUCUGUGUGUGUGUGUGUGUGUGUGUGUGUCACAUCAAUGGAAAGGCGAGGCUUGUAUUUGCCGAAAUGCACGCAUAGAUAGAUGGAACGAGGAGCGCAUGCAGGAGUGAUGACUGGUGAACUAUAACUCUCCAUCCAUCCAGACGGGCUGUGGGAAAACAUGUAAGAAUUGAGCCUUUUUUGGUGUACAACAACGAUUUCUGAUGGGGUUUUAAAGAAAGGCUUCUUCUUGAGGAUACCUGCUGGAUCUCUUCUUUUUUUUCUCUCGAUGUUGCCAGAUGCCAAAUUAACGCAUUUUUCUUCCUCUCGGAUAAUGGAGAAGGCGAAGAGAAGAGAGAGAUAUUGUGUAAUCUCGACAACUUUAUCCAUCCUCUGAUUGCGCACAGGAUACCUUAUUCGCUCUCUUUAAACUGCGGCAGGAGAGGAGGGGAAAUAGAAAUAAAGCAUCUUGGAAUCCGCACUGGGUUGUGAGGUGAAAUCUAAUCAGAUUCAGCUGAGGGUUGAUGACUAAGAAGAAGAAGAAGUAAAAAAAAAAAGGGGACUUGAAGAAGAAAAAGUUCCGUUUUGAAAACGACAGCGAGUUAAAAUAACCCCACCUCUAUGGAUGGAUGGAUGGAUGGAUGAUGGUCUGUCAUCCAGUCUAAUGACGCGCUUUUGCAGGAUGGAUUUACCUGGAAAUUGACCACACGAGGUUCUUCGUGCUCUAUAUGUGUGGUUGAGAGGUUACUUUUUUAACAUUUUAGAAAAUACAAAACAGUGUUACUUCACAUUCAUCCCCCCCCCAACUAACUCAUCAUUUGGAGAGAAAAGACCUGCAUGGGACCACAACAAUCGGGAGUUUCAACAAUGGCACUUGUGGGUGCCUCUGUGUUCUGUGCGUCCUGAGGAGGAGGAGGAGGAAGAAAAAAAAAGAGAGGAAAUAUCGGAUGCAUUAUUUGAGUUUAAUAAGAGCAUGUUCAUCCGGACUGAUGAUGUGUGGAUUACAUACCACGUCGUUUUGAGAGUGGGAACACAAUGCGUCUGACGCGAAAACAUCACCACGGAUUCUGCCAAAUCGCCUGAGAAUUUGCGGAUGUUUUUUCGAUGCAGUUUUUGGGGAGGGAGUGGGAGAGGGAGACCCUGCACACCUCGGCGUCUUCGUGAACAAGGACAGCUUUACGGUGGAUUGGAAGAUAACAUGAGGAUGACCAGAACCCCUUGGAGCUGUGAUUGAAUUGGCAAUGAGCCCAAAUCCUCAUUCCAAAGAGUGGAAGACCAGUCAAUGAAUUAUGAAUGUUAAACAAGAUGACCUCCUCUCAGCAGCAGCAGAUGAUGCGAGGUCCUAGGUGGAACCGGGCCUUGUCCGACCCUUUGUUUGUGCUGCUUCUGGCCCUCCAGCUGCUGGUGGUGGCAGGGCUGGUACGUGCUCAGACGUGCCCCUCUGUCUGCUCCUGUAGUAACCAGUUCAGCAAAGUCAUCUGCACCCGGCGAGGCCUGCGGGAUGUCCCCGACGGCAUCUCUACCAACACGCGCUACCUGAACUUGCAAGAAAAUCUCAUUCAGGUCAUAAAGGUGGACAGCUUCAAGCACCUGAGGCAUCUGGAGAUCCUGCAGCUGAGCAAAAACCACAUUCGCAAAAUUGAGCUGGGGGCCUUCAAUGGACUGGCCAGCCUCAAUACCCUGGAGCUUUUUGAUAACCGCCUCACCACUAUCCCAAACGGGGCAUUUGAGUACCUGUCCAAACUAAAGGAGCUUUGGCUGAGGAAUAACCCCAUAGAGAGCAUUCCCUCCUAUGCUUUCAACAGAGUGCCCUCAUUACGGCGGUUGGACCUUGGGGAGCUCAAACGGCUCUCCUACAUAUCAGAGGGGGCCUUUGAAGGGCUGAGCAAUCUGCGCUACUUAAAUCUGGGAAUGUGCAAUCUGAAAGAAAUUCCCAACCUUAUUCCCCUGGUGAAGCUGGAUGAACUGGAGAUGUCGGGGAACCAGCUGGCUGUCAUCCGACCCGGCUCUUUUAAAGGGCUCAUCCAUUUGCAGAAGCUAUGGAUGAUGCAUGCCCAGAUCCAGAUCAUAGAAAGGAACUCUUUUGAUGACCUGCAGUCGCUAGUGGAGCUCAAUCUAGCCCAUAACAACCUUACCCUCUUGCCCCAUGAUCUCUUCACUCCUUUACAUCACCUGGAGAGGGUGCACUUGCAUCACAACCCGUGGAAUUGUAACUGUGACAUCCUCUGGCUAGCCUGGUGGCUUAAGGAGAUGGUACCAGCAAACACCAGCUGCUGCGCCCGCUGCAGCUCACCAACCCACCACAAGGGACGAUACAUUGGCGAGCUGGACCAGAACUACUUUCACUGUUAUGCUCCUGUUAUUGUGGAGCCUCCUGCAGACUUAAAUGUGACAGAAGGAAGCGCUGCAGAGUUGAAAUGCAGAGCCAGCUCCUUGACCUCGGUGAGCUGGAUUACACCCAACGGUUCCGUCAUGACACACGGCGCUUACAAGAUCAGAAUCUCCGUGCUGAAUGACGGCACUCUGAACUUCACCAAUGUUACCAUGCAGGACACGGGCACAUACACGUGUAUGGUCAGUAAUUCCGCAGGUAACACGACGGCGUCUGCCACGCUCAACGUGUCCUCUACGGAGAACAGCAGCUUCAGCUACUUCACCACAGUGACAGUGGAGACCAUAGAAACGCCGCAUAACGAAGGCUUCACCACCGCCGUGCAACAAAAGGUGGGUCCUACACCCUCCGCUGGCACGUGGGAGACCGUUUCACCCACCUCUACAACUACCACCACAGUCCGGACGACUACUCCCGCCACAGAGAAGACGUACACAAUCCCCGUCACGGAGCUGGGCGGGGAGGGCUCGCUGAACGGCUUGGACGAGGUCAUGAAGACGACCAAGAUCAUCAUCGGCUGCUUUGUUGCAAUCACGCUCAUGGCAGCGGUCAUGCUGAUCAUCUUCUACAAGAUGCGCAAACAGCACCACCAGCAGAACCACCACGCACCCACGCGCACCAUUGAGAUCAUCAAUGUGGAUGAGGACUGUGUAACGGGAGGCCCGGGCAUGGAGGGCCACCUGACCUUGCCUCCUCUUGAGCACGAGCACCUCAACCACUAUAACACCUACAAGACUGCAUACAACCAUGCCUCCACUAUCAACUCCAUACACAGCUCAGCGCACGAACCUUUGUUAAUCCGGGCCAGCUCAAAAGACAAUGUACAAGAGACCCAAAUCUAAUGCUUUUUUUUUUUUUUCAAAAUGAGACAUUAUAAAGCUGAUGGAAUUACAUAAAGACAUUACUGACAGGACAUUACUGACAAUUGGUUGUGAGAACUGUGGCUCAAACAUGGAGAAACAGACUCGUGUGUUUGGCAAAUCAGUGGCUGGUGAUGUUUAUUCAAUGACUUUGGGAAUUAGGGUAUGUCUACUGUUUCAAAAAGUGUCUUUACAAAACAGAAGUUAUUUAUUUAAGAAAAAACUAUCGUGGUUAAAUCAAGAAAAAACUGUAUUCUGCAAUUAUUUUUUCAGCACUUAAUUCAUGUUUAUUUUUUUUUAUUUUUCUCCUUCCUCUCAUUUCACGGGAUUGGUUUACUAAUAUGCUUUCAAACUCUGUUUGAAGACAUCUGUUGAAGAAAAACUCCUGAAGCGAAUUGUUGUUCUUUUUUGGUAAACUGCCGUCUUUGGAUCAGACGAGAUAGUAACCUCAUUUCCCCCCAUGUAUCAAAGGAAUCUAGAGCACAUUAGUGAUCUUCUCCAGCUGUGGAUUAAGUGAUGAAAUCUUUUGUGACCAUCUGUAACUGAGAUGAAUUGGACACUUGUUCAUUAUUUUACAGUGAGUGACAGAACUGUCAGUGACAAAAUUUGAUCAUAAUUCACUGUUUAAUUAUAUCUGUCACAUACAUAUUAGGCACUCUCUCCUCUUGUCAUCAAUAGACUGAAGAUUUAAAUGGGGGGAAUGUGUCCUGCUGUUGUAAACGUUGAGGCUCACUAUUAGAAGUGCAUUUUAGUUAAAUUAAAUUCUAUUGAUUAACUAUGAAAAAAAUUACAUUUGUCUUUGUGUUCCUAAUGUAUAUGCAAAAUCGUAUCCCUAAUCUCCACUUCAGACGUCAUUGAGACGUCUUCUGAUUAUUAUAGAGAGCAUUCCAUUAAUUGCAUUAAGACCAAUUUAGAUUCUGAGGGUCGUGAUAUAGGAGCAGCUUUAAUGGCUACUUUAGAAUCGGCAAAAUUGUGAUUGAAAAAGUAGGGGAGUCUUGUGAAGAAUGUAGAUGAUCUUAAAUUAUGGCAAAAGUCCACUGCCUCCAAAUGUUUCCAAUGUAUCAUGACCUCACCUUUACCUUACGGUGCUUUGUGGAGUGGCAUAUGAAGGUGAUCGCUUUGAAGCCACCUUUUUUUUUCUUCAUGCUGGGACCCCUUACCUCAUCUGCAAAACUGCAGGACUGAGUGCUGUCAGAAGCAGACUGAUGAGCUGAAGAAAGAGCUUAAACCCUUUAUACAGCUGUCUGAGCACAUUGCCUGUCAUCUGUGUGCCACGUUUCCACAUGGGCAGUGCCUGGCAGCCCCAGAUUCACACCCUAACCCCUGCCAACCACAGGACUUGGCCCUGGGCGGCAGGGGCUUAUGCUGCGAGAGGCUUUAGGGGUGAAUGUGUGGGAUCGGGCAUCAACCAGAUGUUUGGGUUGCACCUGCCUCUCCUCCCUCUCCCUUUUGCGACAACACAAUUUCCAUUUUAAUUGAUGUGCCCAUGGGCUUUGGAUGAACAGAGCUCUGCAGGCGCCCACACCCUGGAAGCCAUUUCAAAGUCCCCACCGUGAAAAAUGGCGGCAGGCACCAUAAAUGCAGAGGUUAGGAGGCAGACGUUUGUCAGAUCCAACACUUAAGGACAUGCCCCAGGGUUAUUUUUAGGAAAUAAGGGCAGUUUUUGCUACCCCGAAUAGUAAUAUAUAUAUAAAAAGGUUAGGCCACUGUCAUGCUUAAUUCAGUUUUGUGUUUUCAUUAUAUCAAGGUGUUACAGUAAGGAAAUAGAGAAGGGCUCAUAAAAAGUUACAGAUAGUGGCAUGCAAUUUCUGUGGAGUCACCAUGCUCUCCACUAACAUUAUAGCUGCAAGUGGUAAUCCCCCCGCCAAAAUGCACAGUAUGUUGUGAGUUCAAACACUCCUCCUCUAUAGGCUUGAAAGGUGUCUAUGAAACGUGUAUGAUUUGCCAUUUCACAAAGAUCAGAUGCUGUGAUCAGCUUGGAUUAAUGGUUGGCAUCAACAUCUCUGCUGUCCAUCUUUUCAAUCACAUUUCACCAUUUGGUUAAAACACAAUACUGUAAAGCUUACGAGCUGUAAUGUCCGUAUAGGUCCAUUCAUGCUACAGCACCCAUCUCCUGCCCUUCCAUUGAUUAAAACCAAUCUAAACUACACUAGCUCGCCUUACUCUGAACUUUCUUAAACAAAGCAUGAAUACAGCUGAGUAUACAUUUGAUAAGAGUUCCCUAUCCCACAUUCAAGAGUAAAAAGAAACAAACAAAAUGGCAUAACUAUAAACCUUUUACAGCCACCUUUAAAGCCUGCAGUACAUGGAGUGAGUGCUUUCUACUCAAAAAGACUGAGUUUUCACCUAAAAGACAAAUAGGCUACUUUGCAUAGCUUAAUGCAUCAGCAUUUUUCAAGUAGGGAGAAUAAAUGAGAUACAGUUGCAGUACCUCAUGACAAGGAUAUGAAAAGAGAAUUAAAUUAGACAACAAGAUAAUAAUCUAAAGCCCUAUUCCCACAAGACUAAUAUUACCUGGGGUCCUCUUGUGAUAUGUAAUACAAUAGUUGCAUAGAUUAUAUAUGUUAAUAAUCUAUGAUCCGUUAAGUAAAAACUCUGCAGCAAAUUACCUUCCAUAUUUCACUUAAUUCAGAGGUUUGAUAAUACUGGUCAGGAUUACAGAGGCUGUAGUGGAAAUUAUGAAUGGGAGCUUUGAUACCAUGGGGUGCAGAUGCACGGGGUUAUUGUAUCUAGUCAGUGUGGAGACACACUGUACUGUAUGUUUCAAAAUAAUUUGAUAAUCUAGAUAAUUCUGGAGAUUUUUUUCAGUAAAUUGAUUUAUUCACUCACAACAUGAGGUCCCCAGAUAAUUUUAGUCCAGACGUGAUGAGAUAAUUGAUUACCCGAUAUUGUGCUUUUUUUCCGUCACCCCCUGACACUAUUUAUCCCAUAAUUGCACUUCUGUGGAGUUUGGCACAUUUGUAAACCAUAGAAUGACAUGGGUGUGAGUCAUUUAGUCUGUGUUUGAGUUCCUAGUGAUGGGAUGUGGAUCACAAUUCUACUCAGUUUACGUAAGAGAGUGUUAACCAUCCUCCCUUUUUGCCUUUAGUUGGAGGUAAAUCGUCUGAAAAUUUAAAUGGUAAAUUUGUUGCAUUUUAGUCGAGCUGUCUCAUGUAUGUAAGAUAUCUAAAUAUUUUUGGUCAAUAUUCUUUUUUUUCCACAUUCUUUUUCUUUUUUUCUGAGAGGGAAUGCUGUUCUAGUGGUAGAUUUAUAUAAAAAUACAUUUUGAGAAUAAAACAAAAACAAAAAUUUUUAAAUUUUGAUUUUACAUGUGCCAACAACCUGUUCUAAAAGUGAAAAAGAGAAACAUGCUGUAAAAGAAUAAGAGAUUGAUUUUCAUGUAAGCAUUCUUUCAUGACCUUUAAAAGAUAUGGAGAUCGAUUAUAGAGACCAGAGUUUGUAGUUCAUACACAAAAUAUGGUUAAAAUAAACUAUUGUUGUUUUUCUG